UACGUUUAGUAUCGCAACUAUAAAAUAACUCAUGUUUGUGGUUUAUCUUGUGUUUGUUUAAGGUUAUACACCUUAAAGUGCUGGAGUUAAUUAGACGUUUGAAUUAGCAGUUUUAGGGACGGGUUUAUUCAGGAAAGCGGGGAACUGGCGGUUGUAAAAUUUUAAUAAUAAUGUCAACCACAGAUUUUGAGGGAGAGGCGACUCGCCGCAGGCGGUUGACUCAAGAAGCAGUAGUAGAGCAUCUGAGAGACCUGGAGUCUAAAGCAGAUUUGCACCAUCGGAGGGGCUCGCUGUGUGACAAGCCCUGCCUAUUGCACUUGCAUUCAGAAUUGCAUGAAACCCAUUCUGAGUCGCAUCAGCCUGGCUUCUUCACUCCCAAAAUGUAUCCAGUCAUAUCUUCAACCCCUACUCAAUGUCUGCACCAUUCUGAAGAUGUACAUGCCUGUGAUGAGUGUUUGACAAAGACAACUCUUGUAGCAGAAAAUGAAGUGGAAGCACACAGAGUUUCAAACAAUUAUAAAUUUGGCUUUAAGAAAUGGAAGAGCCAUGUGACAGAAAGGCCUUGGGAAGACCGUUCACAGAUUGUCAAGGAACUCUGCUCUGAACUGAACAUGGUUAAAACUCCUCUAGGGUCCCUUGUUACCUGUGGAAAUGUUUUCUACGUGUUCUUAUUUGGAUGGUGGCUUUCUCUGUUUUACUUCCUCUUGACUGCUCUGAUGUUCUUCACAGUGUUGGGAGCUCCUUAUGGUAAAAUGUGUUGGAGUCUUUCUGGCUAUUUCCUGUGGCCAUUUGGGAAGGUGAUUCGAAAGACUGGAUCUGUGCCAAAGAAAUAUUUUGCAAGGUUUGGUAAAUGUGAGGCCAUUCCAGAAGUGGAUGAAGUCAAGGAGACUACUUACCUUCUGAAUAAUGCUGCAAGAAUUCCUGAUGUACUGCAGACCUGCACUGAGGAGCCUAAUUCGCAGUACUGGAGGCGUUUCAGCACUUACUUGUGGCUCUUGCUGGCAUAUCCAGUUCUAACUGUUGUCCAUACUGUGGCUUGUGUUCUGUCUUGGUCCAUGAUGUUUUCCAUACCUGUUGCCAAAAUAAAUGCACGAAUGAUACGAACUGUGCUUCUGAUGUCUCCUGAACAGGUGGUAGUGCAGCAGCCACGGAGGACCGAUGUUCCAUCAGAUGAUGAAGUGGUCCUGUGCUGUUACUAUGCAUUUAAUAUUUAUUACUACAAGUACACAGUGGAUGGAAUUAAUAUCUUUGCUGUCAACCUUAUUCCUCUCGUACUUUUCACAAUACUGAUGGGUUAUUUAGACAGUGAAAACCACUUCACCAACUCUAUUACAAAGUUCACCCUUUCGCUGGUUUCUAUUAUGCCACUUUCUUACUACAUUGGAAUGGCAAUAGCCAGUAUUUCAGCACAAAGCAACUUUGCUGUGGGUGCAGUGGUGAAUGCCACAUUCGGUUCCAUCAUAGAGCUGACUUUCUACAUCACAGCGUUGAUAAAGGGUGUGAAAGAAGGAAAGAAGUGCUAUGAAGAAGUGGUGAAAUCUGCUCUCACAGGAACUCUGCUGGGAUGUGUCCUCUUUGUCCCCGGUGUUUGUGCCCUUCUGGGAGGUCUUAAACAUGAAAAAUGGAGAUUUCAAUCUCGAGCUUUUGGUGUAACUAAGGAAAUGAUUUUCUUGAGCAAUGAUGGUGUGUUUGCUCCAACACUGUUUUCCAAAGCUUAUGGGAACCUGAUUUGUCAAGGGUGCCGAAACAUUUCCGAAUAUGGAGCUGGACCUUUUGAGUGUCUUGAAUGCCACAGUGGUAUAAUGGAGAACAAUGGCACCUUGUUUGUUAGUCAUAUACAGCCUCUAAUAUACACCGUGUCGAUCCUGCUUCCUUGUGCAUAUCUUAUUGGUUUAUUAUUUUGUUUGAAGACUCAUUCCCAUAUCUACGAUAUACAUAUCAGUGGUUGUCAUGGUAAGCUGAUUUGUUUUAAGAAUUUGAUAUAUUGA